CGGCUCGAGGGCAGGAUCCCGGUAGCUUCGGAUCGCAGCGCUGCAUACGCGAUGAUGGAUGAGCCGUGGUGGGAAGGGCGCGUCGCCUCGGACGUUCACUGCACUCUGCGCGAGAAGGAACUGAAGCUGCCCGCCUUCCGAGCCUACUCCCCACUCCUGAAGAGCCGCCGGUUCUUCGUCGACAUCCUGACCCUGCUGAGCAGCCACUGCCAGCUCUGCCCUGCAGCCCGGCACCUGGCCGUCUACCUGCUGGACCACUUCAUGGAUCGCUAUAACAUCACCACCUCCAAGCAGCUCUACACCGUGGCCAUCUCCUGCCUCCUGCUCGCAAGUAAGUUCGAGGAUAGGGAAGACCAUGUACCCAAGUUGGAGCAGAUAAACAGCACAAGGAUCCUGAGCAGCCAGAACUUCACCCUCACCAAGAAGGAACUUCUGAACACGGAGCUGCUGCUCCUGGAGUCCUUCAGCUGGAAUCUCUGCCUGCCCACACCCGCCCACUUCCUGGACUACUACCUCUUGGCCUCCGUCAGCCAGAAGGACCACCACUGCCACACCUGGCCCACCACCUGCCCCCGCAAGACCAAAGAGUGUCUCAAGGAGUAUGCCCAUUACUUCCUAGAGGUCACCCUGCAAGAUCAUGUAUUCUACAAAUUCCAGCCUUCCGUGGUUGCUGCAGCCUGUAUUGGGGCCUCCAGGAUUUGCCUGCAGCUUUCUCCCUACUGGACCAGAGACCUACAGAGGAUCUCAAACUACUCCCUGGAGCAUCUCAGCACAUGUAUCGAAAUCCUGCUGGUAGCAUAUGACAAUGUCCUCAAGGACGCUGUCACAGUCAAGAGCCAGGCCUUGGCGAUGGUGCCCGGGACGCCCCCAGCCCCCACCCAAGUGCUGUUUCAGCCACCCACCUACCCCAGCCUCAGCCAGCCAACGACAACCCUGGCCCAGUUCCAGACCCCUGUGCAGGACCUAUGUUUGGCCUAUCGGGACUCUCUGCAGGUCCACCGCUCGGGGAGCCUGCUCUCAGGGGGCACGGGCUCAUCCCUCCACUCCCCGUACCCUACUCUCCAGACCUUGGACAUGUGUCCUGUGCCCAUCCCUGCGUCCCUUAGCAUGCAGAUGGCCAUUGCAGCUGAGCCCAGGCACUGCCUGGCCACCACCUAUGGAAGCAGCUACUUCAGUGGUACCCACAUGUUCCCCACAAGCUGUUUUGACAGAUAGGCCACCUUUGGGCCACUUGGGGAAGCCUUGGAGACCCUGCAGAGGAAGAGGACAUUGAAGAGGGGAGCUCGGCCAAGAGAAGCAACUGGGAGGCCAUCCCCAAAGAGCCUCGUUGCCCUUGAACAUAGAGGGUUCAUGCUCUUCUUAAAUAAAAGUGACCCAGAGCAAAACUUUCAAUGACAUACCUCACCUGAGAGCAUUCCUCUGAAAAACGUUUUCUGCAUGUGGCUGGGUAUAUAAAGGGAUGGCUCAGUGGCCCUCCCUCAAGCAGGGACCCAGCGAAUCAAGAAAGACUUGGUAAGAGUCCAGGAGACUGAGGACUGGACUCAGACCCGUCAUCCACAAGCAUGUCCGGUUUUUAGCAUCAAAGACUUCUUUCCUUUUUGCCGAUGGCAGCUACACCACUGAAAGAGAAAGGGCAGCCUGGCGUGUUUUCAGGACGCCCAGAAGAUGCCGUAUCGGGUGCUUUUCUUUCCCUGCUCCAUACAGAGGGCCUGUGUGUGUGUUUAUGCCUGAGCCUGCCUUGAGGCACAGUGGGCGGCUGUCUUGCCUUCGUUAGUGAACCUAAAACCGUUCUCGGUCUUUUAGAUAUUUCACGUGCUGCUGCUUCGAGAAGUGAUCUAGCUUUCUGUUCAGUAAGGUGUCUUGUUUACAUACCGUAUCAGGGAUUUUGUGAUACUUGAAAACUCCUUAGAAAAAAAAAAAAUUUAAUUGCCA